GAUUUCCCUCCUACUUGGUGCUUGGACAGCUUCCGGCAUCGUGCGCCUCCUGGGAUAGAGUGGAAUUCCCUCCCCUCCUGAGAUGUUGCAGCGGACGUGCUUGGUGCUGGCUGUGGUGGUGAUGGUGGUGGUGGUGAGGCAGGCGGCAGCAGAGCCCCACUACAAGGUGUAUGAUAAGGAUGAUGACUGCUCCACCACCAUUCUGUACACCACCACCAAGGGAGAAACGACCAAAACAGUUCACCAGGCGCGAUAUGUCAUCACCUCCACUAAGACGGUGACGGAGACCACGCACGGCGACCACUACCAGUACGGCCACGUGCAUACCAAGACCGUGACGGAGAACUGCGACGAUCACACCCACACUAAGUACGUGCUGAAGCCUGUGACGGUGACGGACAGCAUCACCAAGUACGAGGACAAAGAGAAGACUGUAACGCACCUGAAGGAGACCACGGAGACGGUCACCAAGACGCACUGUGGUUACGGCUACCGGCACUACUGAAGGAGGCGUUGAUGGGGACGUGUGUGUGUCUGGGGUGGUUCACUGUUUAGCUUUUGAACUCUUGGAUUGAAUGUAAACGUAUAACAACCUGAGGAAGCUGCUCUACUGAAGGAGGCCCUGAAGAGAACGUGUGUGUGUGUGUGUGUGUGUGUGUGUGUGUGUGUGUGUGUGUGUGUGUGUGUGUGUGUGUGUGUGUGCGUGCGUGCGUGUGUGUGGUGCUUUUUUGUGUGGUAUUUAGCUGUUUGAUUGAAUAUAAGGACGUAAAAACAUAAUGCAAGUAGGGAAGUAGCAAGAUGCCAUCAGGUCCACACAUAUAAAACAUUCCUAAUCAUUUCCACCAUCUUCCUCGUCCACAACUUCGUCUAUCUUCUUCUAAGGCUUCGUAAUCACUCGGCACUAACAACCUGAUUGAUUACUGAGUCCACUCCAUUCAUAUGCCACUUUACUCGACAACUAGUUUUUUCCUAUUUCCCAAAUUUGACUAUUCAACUUGUCACUUCAUCGGAGAAACUCUACGGAAUUCUACUGAAGGAAAAUUGAGACAGUGGUAAGAGACUUCAACACUCCCUUUGUUAACAGUGCUGGUCUUGAUCCCUUCAGUACCGCGACACGUUUUCAUAUUCACUCUGGUUACUAUUUGGCGAUUUUAAACAGCCUCAGAAACUCACAGGGGGAUUAAAAUAGUGAAGACUCCGGCCAUUAUUCUUCUGAUCUUUAUAGACCCCCUCCUAAUACAUAUAAAAUCCUCAUAUCACAACAAAAAAUCAAUGUAAAAAUGCGUCGCGGUACUGAAGGGGUUAAGAAAUCCUGAAUGUGCGCCACAGCAUUUCAUUAACAGUAAAAGGUCAGCCAGCCUGUUUAGCUUGUUAAGCAGUCCACACACAGACAUAAUCCACACCUGACGACCCUCACAAAGGUUCUAUUAUGGUGAUAGUGAAAGCAUCGCCUCACAACACAGUCACAACAUAUUUCUUCCUCCUCAGCCUCUCAUCUUCAUUACCUCAGCAUAUUUCAGCUUCUCACCUUGGCUACCUCAAUAACUGCUGUAUGCUUCCUCUCCUGUCUUUUUCCUUUAGGUUUAACCCCUUCAGUACCAUGACACAUUUUCCUAUUCAUUCUGGCUACCAUUUGGUGAUUAUAUACAGCUUCAGAAACUCAUGUAGUGAUUGAAAUAGUGAAGACUGUGGCCAUUAAUAUUUGGACCUCCAUAGACCCUUCCUAAUAUCAAUAAAAUCGUCUAAUCAUAUCCAAAACUCAAGGUAGAAAUGUGUUCCAGCACUAAAGCGGUUAAGAAGAUCCAACAGCAGUAAAAAGCAUAGUCCUGUAGAUUCACGGAAAUAUUAAUAGUAAGUUUGGGUUAUGAUGCUGUGAGCUGAAGUAAAUUGAUGGGUUGGUUCAUUGACUGACAGACUGAUUGAUUGGUUUGAUGAGCGCAGCAACAAAGUGUAGACUGUGGUAAGUGUUAUUCGUGAAUCGUGAUUGUCAUGUUAUGAACGUAAGGAGAUUGAUGCAUUGAUUGACCGACUGAUUGAUUGGUUUUGGUAACACACCAGCAAUAUAAACAUUCAACCCUUU